AUGAUCAUACAUAUCGUCGGUUUCAGAUUCAAAGACACUGUCACUGAAGAACAGCGUAAGGAUGUAUCACGGAAGCUCCUUUCCUUGGCAGACACUUCUGGUGUCAUCAAAUCCGUCUCUGGUGGCUUAGAGAAAUCACCAGAAGGUAAGGGUAAAGGUUACCAUCAAAUAUAUACAUUGAAGUUUCAGAGAUGGGAAGAUUUGCACUUCUAUCAAAACUACGACCAUGCUCACCAAAUAUUCAACAGCGAGACGGGUCAACUAUCUGAAGAUGUACUUGUUUGGGAUUAUGAAGACUUCCAAUUUUGAGCAAAAGUAUCCAUUAAAGACAAUUACACAAAAUGAACCGAAAGAAGGGUUAUAAAUACAUACACAGCUAACGUGAGAUCAUUCUUAGUGGCUUUUGAUAAUUAUUGCGUGAGACAACUGUUUGUCUAUUUCAUUGAUGAAACGAUAAUGAUUGAUGCUAUACCGAAAUGGAGCUGACACUCAUGAAUAUCCUUGCC